AGGGUAAAUUAGAAGUUCACAAAACGAGUCAGAAAACGUCUUUAACAUUAUAGUACUGAUAAUGAGGCGGCCGUCAGUUUGACUCAUGUUUACGUCUAAAGCGGAAGAUCAUUACAUCAAUAACCAGAUCAUAUUCGCCGCUCAUCAACACACUGAAAACAUCACUGAAGACAAAAUGGAUGGAAAAACGAGCGACCCCUUUAGCAGUGAGGCGGAGCAGCUUCCUGGGGCAGGAAAAUUGGGGAGGCUGUGGCUACCCAAAGGUCUGUCUGGUAACAUGAUUAAGGAUUGGUUGGAUCGCAGGCGGAAGGCUAUCCGUCCGUGGGGCAGUUUCGUAGAUCAGCGCAAGUUCUCCAAACCCCAAAACUUUGGAGAGCUCUGCCAACGUAUGGUGAGGAACCUGAACACCUACCACAGCAACUACACCUUCAUCUUCCUGGGACUCAUCCUCUACUGCAUUUUCAGUUCCCCAGUGCUGUUGAUUGCAUUGGGAGUGUUUUAUGGUGCCUUCUAUUUAAUCCACUUGAAAACACUGGAAAAGAAGCUGGUUGUUUUUGGCCGUGAGUUGACUCAAGGACACCAGUUAGGUUUAGCAGGAGGAGUUUCCUUCCCUGUGUUCUGGCUAGCUGGAGCGGGAGCAGCUGUUUUCUGGGUACUAGGUGCCACAUUGGCUGUUAUCGGCUCGCAUGCAGCAUUUCGUGAGAUGGAGUCUUCUGACGUGGAGGAGCUGCUCAUGGAACCUGUUUAAAAGGACGCCUCUCACCUUUGAACAUUUGCCUUAUUUUGACCUGAAAUGUCUUGCCUCAUCAUUUAUAUUGCCACAUAUUUGUUGUACAGCAUUGUAAUAUGCAUCAAUCAAUUAAACAA